AUGUCUGUGACUCUGAGCACAUGUGUUCCCUCUGAAGAGAAGCACGGACUGACUCUCAGCACUUCAGCGCCGCCCCUGGACACCAUGAUGAGUACAGGCUUUACUGGGAUCUCCGGAGUGGGGCCCCCCAAAGCUCCGCAGAAAGGCAUCUGUACCCUGUGGCCCUUCUGUGGUCCUCGCUCACGCUUAGUGCUGGGGCUCAUCUUCACGUCGUGGUAG